UCUCAAAUAACAUGAGCGAAAAAGUUUACUACUCACGAACUUAGAUUUGUUACACUUUCAUGUAAAUAGCAACAACUUUGUGCUUGCGCUGUGAUACUGAAAAAGUUUACCGAUUUUCAAAUAGAAAGCUAUAUCGUUUUAUAUUGUAGACUAGUUAUUUUGAACAGUGACGUGUCGACAAUACUUGUGUCAAUUGGAUGCGCGUUUGUUACUGAGUACGAUAUUCAGAGAGUAAAAAAAACAACUACAAUGUCACUUCGCAAAGAGCAGUCAAUUCAUGAAGAAAAACAAGAAAACUUGAGUAAAAACACUCUUCAGACGAAUGGGGACGCUGGAAAGAAAUCCAGAGUUGUUUGUCGCGUCUGCAAUCGGAUGUUUCGAGAUCCUAAAAUUCUCCCUUGCUUGCACACGUUUUGUGCGGACUGUGUUCGCCAGCUCGAGCCGUUCUCUGUGCAUGGACUGAACGGGGAACAUCUUUCGCCUGAAGACGAGCCGCACGGGCGCAACUCUGUAACAGUCAUGUGUCCAGAGUGCGAUUCAGAGGUGGAUCUGCCAACAUCGGGUGUAGAUGGGCUGAGCACUGACCAUCUUGCGCUGGAUGAUGUUUUCGCGGAGACCCUCCUGAUUGAAAAUAGCGUGUUGUGCGACUUGUGCAGCGACAGCGACGCAGGGAAGCGCUGUGAGGUGUGUUGCGUCAACCUCUGCGAGUUCUGCAGUCAGGCUCACAGGAGACAGAAAAGGACCUCCUCUCACUCAAUACAAAGUCUACAGGAGCUGAAAUCUCAGGGUCGUCUCACAAGGCCUGUCCUGUGCUCUCUGCAUCCUGGCCAGGAGUUACGUCUCUUCUGUGAGCCCUGCGACCUCACCGUGUGCCUGGAAUGUGCAGCGACCUUUCACCGUGACCACCACUGCAGCCCUGCCCGUGAAGUCAUCAGUCGCCACGGAGAUCGCAUCAGGGAUUUGGUGGUCAGGAGCUUAAGACCUCGUCUUUCUCUUUUGGAGGAGUCUCUAAGACGUGUGGACAUAUCCCAUGAGACAUUGCAGUCAAGGACUGACACGUUGGCUGGUGAGAUUCGAGCAUUUGCUCGGGGCUAUGCCAGCGCAGUGGAGGCGCAUUGCUGUUCUCUGCUGCGGUCGUUGGAAGAUGUAAGGUUGCAACGCAGGAACCAACUCCAGCUGCAGAAAGCUCAGCUUCAGCAGGCCUUGUCUGAUGUCCGUGGUGGCGUGGACUUUGCAGAACGCCUGCUCACAUGCGGUUCAGACGCUGAAAUCCUCAGUGCCAAGGGAGUCACUUUGAGGAGAUUAAUGAAGCUUGUGGAGUCAGGAUAUGAACCACACCCAACAAAAGUCGCUCAUGACAGUGCCAGCAGCAUCUGUUUCCUACCUCAGGAGAGUGCAGGGCAGGUGGAGGGAUUUCCUGUGGUUGGAGUCGUGCAUACCAAGGCUGUGGAUCCCAGCAAGUGUACUAUCCAAGGAGAAGGUGUGGAGCGAGGUCGUGAAGGCCAACGGGGGGAGUUCACUCUGGUUUGCAGAGACUCUUCUGGAGAGCAGAUGGGCAGAGGAGGAGACCCUGUGCUGGUCAGCAUAGUACACAAGGAGAAGAAGGGUUGCUCUGUGGAGGCGGCUGUGGUUGAUAACAGUGAUGGCUCAUAUGAUGUCUCCUACACCCCUGUUGAACCAGGUCUCUACUCUGUGUGGGUUUGUGUCAAAGCACAGCAUGUCCAGGGUUCACCUUUCGUGCUAACUGUGAAGAGAAAGUUCAGACGUCACCAUGGUAUAUUCCAUUGCUGUUCCUUCUGCUCUGGUGGGGGCGCUAAAGAGGCACGCUGUGGCUGUCCUGGUACAAUGCCAGGUGGGUUUCAGGGUUGUGGGCAUGGCCAUAAAGGACACCCUGGUAAGCGCCACUGGUCAUGUUGUGGAAGUGUUGUGGAGGCCUCCGAGUGUAUUCUGCGUACUCUGGGUGCAGUGUCUCCUCGUGGACAUCUCAGGACUGUGGAGCUCUGAGACAAACAAGCAUCUCUUUUCCCUACAUAACAAGAGAAAAUGUUACCAUAAAACUCAAAUACUCAACCAGCCAAAAAAUAGAAACUAAAAAUGUACCAAUUUAUCAAGUUUUGUCUUUUGUCUCUCGAUAAAAUGUCUGCUAAAUAAAGGAAAAAUAAUGUCUACGUAGAACAUACAGUUGAAGUCAGAAGUUUACAUACGCUUAGGUUGAAGUCAUUAAAUCUCACAUUUUUAACCACUCCACAGAUUUAAUGUUAGCAAGUUGUUUAAGACAUCUACUUUGUGUAUGACAUGAUUAAUUUUUCCAACAAUUGUUUAGACAGACAGAUUGUUUCAUUUUUAAUUAACUAUAUCACAAUUCCAGAGGGUCAGAAGUUUACAAGUUAACUGUGCCUUUAGCAGCUUAGAAAAUACCAGAAAAUUAUGUCAAGUCUUUAGACAAUUAGCCAAUAAGCUUCUGAUAGGAGGUGUACUGAAUUAUGGAUGUAUUUUAAGGCUCUCUGCUUGACAUCAUGGGAAAAUCAAAGAAAUAUGCCAAGACCUCAGAAAAGAAAUUGUGGACCUCCACAAGUCUGGUUCAUCCUUGGGAGCAAUUUCCAAAGGUCUGAAGGUACCACGUUCAUCUGUACAAACAAAUAGUACACAAGUAUAAAUGCCACGGGACCACACAGCCAUCAUACCACUCAUGAAGGAGACCCAUUCUGUCACCUAGAGAUGAAUGUAGUUUGGUGCGAAAAGUACAAAUCAAUCCCAGAACAACAGCAAAGAACCUUGUGAAGAUGCUGGAGGAAACAGGUAGACAAGUAUCAAUAUCCACAUUCAAACGACUCCUACAUCAACAUAAUCUGAAAGGCUGCUUGGCAAGGAAGAAGCCACAGCUCCAAAACUGUCAUAAAAAAGCCAGACUGCAGGUUCCAAGUGCAUAUGGGGACAAAGAUCUUUUUGGAGAAAUGUACUCUGGUAGAAUGAAACAAAAAUUGUAUUGUUUGUCCAUAAUGACCAUCGCUAUGUUUGGAGGAAAAACGGUGAGGCUUGCAAGCGGAAGAACACCAUCCUAACCUUGAAGCAUGGGGGUGGCAGCAUCAUGGUGUGGGGGUGCUUUGCUGUAGGAGGGACUGGUGCACUUCACAAAAUAGAUGAGGAAUCAUGAGGAAGAUAAAUUAUAUGGAUAUAUUGAAGCAACAUCUCAAGAAAUCAGCUAGGAUGUUAAAGCUCUGUCGCAAAUGGGUCUUCCAAAUGGACAAUGACCCCAAGCAUACCUCCAAAAUUGUGGCUAAAUGGCUUGAGGACAACAAAGUCAAGGUAUCGGAGUGGCAAUCAGAGCCCUGACCUUAAUCUGAUAGAAACAGAACUGAAAAAGUGCUUGCAAGCAAGGAGGCCUACAAACCUGGCUCAGUUACACAGAGUUCUGUCUGGAGGAAUGGGCCAAAAUUCCAGCAAUUUAUUGUGAGAAGUUUGUGGAAGGCUAUCCAAAACAUUUGACCCAAGUUAAACAAUUUAAAGGCAAUGCUAACAAAGUGUAUGUAAACUUCUGACCCACUGGGAAUGUGAUGAAAGAAAUAAAAGCUGAAAUAAAUAAUUCUCUCUACUAUUAUUCUGACAUUUCACAUUCUUAAAAUAAAGUAGUGAUCCUUACUGACCUAAGACGGGGAAUGUUUUCUACGUAGAAAUGUCAGGAAUUUUGAAAAUGUUUAAAUGUAUGUAAACUUCUGACCUCAACUGUACUUACUGUAGUGUCUUUAGAAAACACUAAAUGUUUCUGUAUAAUUAUUGUAAACAUUUCUAAAAUGUGGAUCAUUUUUGAAGAAUGUCACAUUUCUUCAAAUAUUCAGAUCUUCAGUAUUGUUAUUUUAAACGUCUUUUUUAUUAUUAUUAUUUGUGCCUGCAUCAUUGUUCCCUUUUGUAAUCAUAAUCAGCAUGUUUUCUUUGAAAUUACCCAGCAACAUUAUGUAUGUAACAUGUUAGAAAUAGAUCCAACUAUAAUGGUGUAUUUUUAUGUGUGCAUGACUCCAUACCAAAGAAUGCCUUUUGUUCUGCAGACUUCCAUGUAUCAGAAUUACCAUUUCAACUGUCUUUAUAUACAGUACUAGUUACCUCAGAUUAAACAACACUUACCUCUCCACUGUGAUGAGUGGCGCUUCAUAAAUUGUUGACACAUUUUAUGGUGUUCUCAAUAUGAUCUGUUUUACUUUGUGCCCUGCUUAGUGUCAUGUCUAUGACCCAGACCUGUUAAAAGCAGAGGGAGUUCAUGAUGCAUUAGAAGUUGCUUUCAGCUAGACAAAUGUCUGUAUUUUCUGCAUAUCUGCUUAUUUUUCUAAUAUGGAUCUCACCCCCAGCUAGUUUACCUUGCUUAUUGGGUGAUAAUUUAAUUCAAUGUUAACAUU